AUGGCUGGAGAACACGGAAAUAACGAUAAUUCUAGUGUUAACACCUUGCAAGCCGCCGUCGUGGAAAUACGGCGCUUACAGACCCAGAUUGCGGCCAUUGAGGCCGAAAGAACACAUGAGAAAGAAAAAGCGAAAAUGAUUUCAGAGGAAGAGGAAGGAGAGAGCGUCAUGGACGUACAGCCUUUGGCACAGCACUUAUGGGAUACCCAAGUCUUGGAAGCAAUAAAGGUUCCUCACCUUCCUACUUUUGACGGAAAAACUGACCCUCGGGAGCAUUUAAUGGCAAUAGGAACACAAACUGCCAUAAUCAACGCUCCGGAGCAUCUAAAAUGUAAAUUACUAGCUGGUACCUUCAAGGAUGUAGCCUUGCGUUGGUACAUGAACCUUCCAAGGAAUUCAAUAGAAAGUUAUGCUGAUUUUCACAAAAAGUUCAUCCACCAAUUCGCCGGAUCGAAACAUGUGAAAGUCACGUCAACUAGCCUUUUUUCCAUUCGCCAAAACCACAGCGAAUCGUUACGCAGCUUUCUCGCCAGAUUUAGCGAGGCCACCAUUAAGGUUUCAAAUCCAAACCAAGAGAUGUUCAUGGCGGCUUUCCACAAUGGACUGAGAGCAGGGCAUUUCAACGAAUCCUUAGCCCAAAAACCAGCCUCAUCAAUGCAGGAGGUAAACAAGAGAGCGGAGUGUUACAUAAAGGGCGAAGAGAGCAACGCCGAGAAAAGGCAAAGAGAUGCCAAGGAGAAGGAAUAUGUGGGCCGUGCUACUAAAGCGCCAGAACACCAGCGACAAAGGACUGGAGGCCAUCAAGGAGACUCAUGGCAAAGGCGCCAUGGUAAGCCCUACAUUCAACCAUCAAGGAGAGAGUUCAGGAACCAUCCCGCCAAUGAAGAGUUUACGCCAUUAAAUACUUCUAAGGCUUACGUGUUAAACGAAAUUCUUGCCAGUGGUUUGGCAAACCUCCCCGCCAAAAGAACCAACAAUAUCCCCAUGGGGCUCGACGACAACGCUUGGUGCUCCUACCACAGAUGCAGAGGUCAUUCUACGGAGAAGUGUUUCCGCCUAAGAGAUUUGAUCGAGGAGCUGAUCAAAAGCGGCCACCUCCGGAAGUUCAUUGAUGACGCAGCACAAGGCCGAGUCGUCGUGCCCAAAAUCCCCAGGCAAGAACCACGAAAUAUUCCUGGGUUAGGUAAAGAACCUCCAAAAGAAAGGAUCUCUGUGAAUACAAUAGCGGGGGGAUUCUCAUGA